GUGCCAUCGAGCUGCAUUUGCAGAGGCCGCCGCCGCUAGGCACCCUACAAGGCAUUGGGGCCUUGACGAGUGAGUGGUUUUGCUACAAUGAUUCAAAGGAUUCGGCAGUCACAUCGUGGUGAGGUCUCAAGGAUUGGUUCCCAUCUCCUGCCUCAGGAAAGCCAACCCCUGGCGUCGACGAGUCCUACGAACACUCCUACAGUCCUGGUUGCAACGCGAGAGCCCCAAUGGACCCUCUUUCAAUUGCAGCGUCUACAGUGACGCUCAUUCAAGUAGCCGGCACUGUAAGUCACCGUGAUUACUUACCUAGAUACCUCAAGCAGUUACAAAACGGUGACGAACGCCUCUUGUCCCUCGUACCGUCUGACAAAAUACAUUGCAGGUCGCAACAUCACUUCAACGCUUCAUGCACUCACUCAAGACCGCCGAUUCGCGCAUUACGGAACUAUGCAACGAGUUGGCUAGUCUAACGGUUUUCCUAGAAGCGGUAGAGCGGACGUUGAAAGGAUGCCAUCCCCUCGACACAGCCCAUGUGAACGAGGAAUUAUGGCAUCAGAGCGAACUGUGCCUUGUGGAUUGCCAGGUAACCCUCAACGAAUUGGCUGUUUUGGUGGACAAGAUCAAAUGUAGCAACAACACCAGAAGAUUCGGAUGGAGACUGCGCGCGGUUGUAGACCUAAGCGUCUACAGCCCGGACAUCGGCAUAUUCAGAGACAAGAUCCACAAGUCUACCUGGGCCCUGCAAACCCUUCUCCACACCAUCACCGUAUCGCUGUCGCUCCGACAGAAUGCCUCGCAGGACAUGAUCCUCUUCGAGCUCGACCGGCUCAAGGUUUCCAUCGAUGAGGCGCUUCUGGCGUCCCGCCAACCGCGCCAGCGGUUUAGCCACAGUCUCUCUGCAGAUUCACGCCUCGCUCGUAACCUGCGGAAUCUCGCCGAGGCCGCGAGGCACUUCCACUCGGCCGCCAGCUCUACCGCAAGCACCAUCCGCGACCACAGCGGUAGUUUGUUGGGCGAUUUCCCUCCCCACCGCCGGGAGCGCGUAGAAACAUUCAUCAGAACCGCGGGCAGGCAUGCUUCGGGCCACGAAACACCUGCCACGGUGAUAUCAACAUCAGCAAACUCGGCCUCAAUCGCCAUCAGCCCUCGAUCUCUCCGGGUCACAGCAUCGGCCUCCCGGUGGCCUGCCGUCGAGGAUGAUGAAGACGACGAGUCAGAAUUUGAGAAGCUAUUCCUCGAGGGGCUCGAAGACCUUGCAAAGGACAGCAUUCGACGCAAAGAGUUUGAGAAGGCCAUUGCGUUCCUCACUGAGGCCAUCCAGCGAAAAGAGAAAGCAAGGUCCGGAAAGGGAGAUCUACCCCGGCUCCAAGCUCAGCUCGCCUUGUGCUACUUAUUUGGGGACGACUGGAAGCAAGCCGAGCCUAUCGUCUCCGCCUUGGUAAACCACAAAGAGGCAUUCUCGGACCUGGGUCCAGUGGUCUGGACCAUGCUCCAUGCCUUAGCCCUCGCUUAUCUAUCGACUUAUGCGUUUGAAGGCGCGUUAGAGACGUGCAAAAGGGCGUUCCACGCUCAGGGGAAAUGGGCAAGGACCAAACAGCUGGAUCGGCGAGAUGUCGAGGGCAGCGUAGAGACGACCGCUUUGCUUGCCACGAUCUUUCACAUGGAGGGCGACUACAUCGCGGCGGAAAUCUACCGGCGCCAGCUUCCCGAGGACUUUGUCUACAAUCACUGCUCGGACCCUCGCGAGUUCCUCGCUAGCCAGUUCGACCUUGUAGGGGAUGUGCUUGGGGACGACCUGUCAGAUUUAUGUGAUUACAGUCCCUUGAGCAACUCACCCGACUUCCAGCAACUCAGGAUAAACACGCGGCCCUCGAUGCAUGUCUCUAUACAGCGGCUCACGGCUCUACACAGGACCCUCACGGUCAACGCCGGUGAUUUGUCUCCUCUGAGAGCCCGACACCGCCAAUGGGAGAAGUUUGAGAUGGACACAAACAAGGAGGUCGUCGUUUCUACGUCUGACACCGUCGUCGAGACGGAAACUAGCGACGAGGCCGCAACAAGGGAUUCAAACAGUCCGCGCAACACGGCUGUCGCCAGUGGGUUCCGAAGGAGAGCUACAAAGAUGUUUGAGACGGGGCGUGGUCUACACCGAACCUGGUGUAGGUGGAGCGCGGAAGCCGACUCUGCGGCUUCCUCAACCCCGUCUCCGAUCCGGCGAUGGUUGAAGGGAACCAGUAUACUUGUCGCAAAGCCAGCCAGAGCCAUGCUACGGCGGAGGUCAGAUAGCGACACGAAACUCGCCGAUUAUGCACGCUGGGAGGGCCCCAAAACAUUUCGGGGACUGCCUAUAAGCCGGCCCAUCAUCGCUGACUCGUCCGAGUGGUGGCCGACUUUCCGAUUGCCAGUGGGACAUCCGGGGACAAUCCUCGACGAUCAUGUCAUUCCAGACACGGCUCGUGAAGGUUAUACCACACCCGAGAAUACCGCGGACGAUGAGACAAGUGUCACUACCACUCAUAAUAGUGUCUCCUGUACCGACACUUUCCAAGACCGUGGUUCCGAAACUGACCCAGAGACAUCCGAAGUCCCUGAGCAACCCGUGACACCCCACACCGCAAAUAUUCCGAGAUCAUCAUGCCCAGCAGAGCUCAUGGAUACGUCGUUUUCUGUCACCAGCCAGCAGAAGGCUUUCAACCAAGUUGACGUCCUUGACGUGCUUCUCGACUAUCUACAGACCCCUCAGGAACAGAGCGCCCAACCCAGCUACGAUAAGGGCGAGAUACAGCGAUUAGAUUCACCUACGGUGAACAAUUAUUCCCGACCGAUAGCACCGGAGAGUCGCCCAAGGUUUGGAACCGCCCACGACUCUGACACACCCCGGACCACUACGGUCAUCGAAGAAGCGAAUCGGAAGAAUGCCACCAGGGAAGCCGGGCAUUUAUGGAUGAAUACAGGCUCCAAAAAGAUGAGGAAACCCGGUACUACUCUUCACCGUGGCCAUGAUAGGUUGGAACCCAAAUUCGCGAAAGGCCGGGAGAAACCCCGGUACGGGCCUACCACGACAGCUCUGUCGCAGGAAGAGACUGCAGUCCUUUCGAAACUCGCAGAUAUCUUGGCGUCUUUAACAACCCGAAAGGACUUGAAGGCGGACAAGCUUCACGCAGCCAAACUCGAACUGGAAGCGUUGUCAGCAUACCUGGAGAAAUGGGGCACCGACUCUACCCUAUGCCGUGAUGUACGGAACGUCAUCGAGUCACUCCCCGGCCACCUUGGGGACCCUGCCGAGUGGAGCGAGUUACAGGACUCCGGAUACUCUUCGGUGGGCUCUGGGAGUAGCGAAACGUUAUCAAGUUCCGAUGCGACGAGCCCGGUGUCGGAUCAUGUGUCUGGGGACUCGGAGCCGCAGGUAACAGGCCACAUGGAUGGUAUGAAGCCGGAGCAUCGAGAGCCAAAACGACGGUUGUCUGAGAUGGCGAGAGAUGGCGCUGCAGAUCGACCAAAACUUGGGAGUUCCCAACACCCCAAACCGCAUGCCAAUGGCAGCCGAGUUAUGAGCGCGGGCCCAAACCGGGCUAGAUGGAGGCGCACCGGGGAUUAUUUACCGGAAAGAGGAGGGUAUGGAAAAGAUAAAGAAACGACGGAACAACACUUGGCGGCAGCCAACAGUGAUAUCAAACCCGGAGCAGCGGUUUCCUUAACCUACGCGCCAGGAGAUCCGGAUUUAGGGACGUUCUUUUGAUCCUAGUAAUAGUGUGAGAUCUAGUUACUAUCGAUGAGCUAUUGGUAGGUAAAUACCAUUGGUCGUGGAGAAGUGUGUCGUGUAUCUGGCUGAUGGAGGGUUUUAUGCAAGCCCGAUUUAUUUCUCAUCUCGACCCAGGAGACGGUCAUAAAGAGUGGUGAAGGGCUCUCG